ACUUCUCUGGUUGUGUGUAGUCUGAACUCAACUCUAAAGGUGCUUCUGAUUUCUGUUUCAAUACGCCGGUUUUACGAACAGAUUUGUUUAUAUAAUAUUUAUUGUUUUUCAGAAGGUUAUUUAUUCAUAAAGUGAUGGCAAAAGGAGAAGGAACCGAACAAUAUUCCAACAAUAAUUUAUUAACGAAUAAACCGGUCAACCCAGAUGUGGUCAAAUUAGCUGUGAAGCGCGAACAGAAGAACAGGUUGUCCGUAUGCAACAAGCUGUGCUACGCGGUGGGAGGAGCGCCCUAUCAGAUCACAGGAUGUGCUCUCGGCUUCUUCCUUCAGAUAUACCUAUUGGACGUGGCACAGUUGGACCCGUUCUAUGCGUCGAUCAUCCUGUUUGUGGGGAGGGCCUGGGACGCUAUAACGGAUCCCACCAUAGGCUUCCUGGUCUCCCGCUCUCCCUGGACACGCUUCGGACGCAUGUUGCCAUGGAUCCUGUUCUCUACUCCUCUAGCCGUGGUCAGUUACUUCCUCAUCUGGUAUGUUCCUGUGUUUGAGGAUGGGAGGGUCAUCUGGUACCUGGUCUUCUACUGCCUCUUCCAGACCCUUCAGACGUGUUUCCAUGUGCCCUACUCGGCUCUGACCAUGUUCAUCAGUGAAGAUCAGAAGGAGAGGGACUCUGCCACUGCUUACAGAAUGACGGUAGAGGUUCUGGGUACUGUGAUUGGCACAGCCAUCCAGGGUCAGAUCGUGGGCAUGGCCAACGCCCCUUGUAUCCCGACGCCCGGUGAUAAUGUCACGGCCGACGGGUUAAACUCCUCCCUGCUGCUGGAACAGGAAGUCAACGCCACGAUCACCACUGUCAUCACCCUGGACCAAACGAAAACGGCCUACAAUAUAGCCUCCGGUGUCAUCUGUUCCAUCUACGUGCUCUGUGCCGUGGUGCUGUUCUUCGGAGUCAAGGAGAAGAAAGAGUCGUCUCGCCCCCGGUCAGAGCGCAUGUCGUUCUGGCAGGGUAUCAGGCUGGUGAUGGGCCAUGGACCUUACGUCAAGCUGGUGAUGGGCUUCCUCUUCACUUCACUGGCUUUCAUGCUACUGGAAGGGAACUUUGCUCUGUUCUGCUGCUACACUCUGGGCCUAAGGAAUGACUUCCAGAACAUUCUACUGGUCAUCAUGCUCGCUGCGACGCUCACCAUCCCCUUCUGGCAGUGGUUCCUCACCAAGUUUGGCAAGAAGACAGCUGUGUACAUCGGCACCUCUUCUGUGAUCCCCUUCAUGAUCCUGGUGGUGUGUGUGAAGAGUAAUCUCAUCAUUACCUACGUGGUGUCGUUCGCCGCCGGGGUCGGCGUCGCCGCUGCCUUCCUGUUGCCAUGGUCCAUGUUGCCAGAUGUGGUGGAUGACUUCCAGGUCCAGAACCCAGACUCUCGGGGUCACGAAGCCAUCUUUUAUUCCUUCUACGUCUUCUUCACCAAGUUUGCCUCUGGAAUCUCUCUGGGGAUCUCUACUCUCAGCUUGGAUUUUGCAGGGUAUAUGACUCGAGGUUGCACCCAGCCUGAGAACGUGGAUAUAACCCUGAAGGUUCUGGUCUCCGCGGCGCCCAUAGGACUCCUUCUGAUUGGCCUGGUCAUAUUCCGCUCUUAUCCAAUCGACGAAGAGAGGAGGCAGGGCAACAGGAAGCUGCUGCAGGAGCAACGGGAAAAUGAGGCAGACUCCGAAACCGACUCAACAGAACUGACAGACAUGGUGUAGGUUCUAGAACACUCAUGGACCAAUGGCGUGACUGAUGGUUGCUUGCACUGGGUGGGGCUAAUGAGGGGGGGGGGGCUGGACCUAUCACAAAGGCGACACUGCUUCCAUCCAAUCACACUGCUGCUUCAGGUCUCUGAACUUAAAAGGAUCACUAACACAAGGCCCAAAAACAGAAAAUGUUUCUAAAACUGCAGUUCCCUAUGGCAAGGAACGACAGCAUAUCUUACCCCCUCCCCCUCAUGGCAAAGGAAGCAUAUGACUGACGGCCUUCCUGGUUUAAGUCCCGCCCACUUCAGCUAUGACACAUUUUCCCGACAGACGUCACCCGCUCGGUUGUCAGUGUUGUUUUGGGUCAAAUCUAAAACGGCAACCCAUAUCCUUGUGCACUACACGGGGCUGUAACUGUAGUGAACUCCAUGGGGACUUUUUACGGUGUCAUUUGAGACGUUUUCGUCGUCAAAUCAAUGUUGCACAGGAACCUUAAUGUUAUGGGUACAAUGCAUAGUACUGUUGAUGUAUAUUGCCAUAACUUUAUCUAUCGUAGGUAUAACUUGAAAAUCUCUAAUGACUUUAGACACUGCACUAGAACAAUUUACUACAACCCUCUUUUUCCAGGGUGGAGAAGAAGACUGUCGAAAGCUAAAUAAGAGCCAUUUUAUUCAUUUUAUUUUUUACUGAUAUCGGUUACAAAAUUCAGACAUUUUAAAAUAAUAUAUUUAUAUAUAUAUAUUUUGAUUAGAAUAUUUCUACAAUUUUGAAUAUCAAAUGUUUCUACUGAGUGUAUACAGACUUCAGUUUGGUACUGUCUUGACUGGUAGGACUACUGUACUGUCUUGACUGGUAGGACUACUCUACUGUCUUGACUGGUAGGACUACUGUACUCUCUUGACUGGUAGGACUACUGUACUGUCUUGACUGGUAGGACUACUGUACUGUCUUGACUGGUAGGACUACUGUACUGUCUUGACUGGUAGGACUACUGUACUGUCUUGACUGGUAGGACUACUGUACUGUCUUGACUGGUAGGACUACUGUACUCUCUUGACUGGUAGGACUACUGUACUCUCUUGACUGGUAGGACUACUGUACUCUCUUGACUGGUAGGACUACUGUACUGUCUUGACUGGUAGGACUACUGUACGGUCUUGACUGGUAGGACUACUGUACGGUCUUGACUGGUAGGACUACUGUACGGUCUUGACUGGUAGGACUACUCUACUGUCUUGACUGGUAGGACUACUGUACUGUCUUGACUGGUAGGACUACUCUACUGGUAGGACUACUGUACUGACUGGUAGGACUACUGUACUGUCUUGACUGGUAGGACUACUCUACUGGUAGGACUACUGUACUGUCUUGACUGGUAGGACUACUGUACUGUCUUGACUGGUAGGACUACUGUACGGUCUUGACUGGUAGGACUACUGUACGGUCUUGACUGGUAGGACUACUGUACGGUCUUGACUGGUAGGACUACUCUACUGUCUUGACUGGUAGGACUACUCUACUGUCUUGACUGGUAGGACUACUGUACUGUCUUGACUAGUAGGACUACUCUACUGGUAGGACUACUGUACUGACUGGUAGGACUACUGUACUGUCUUGACUGGUAGGACUACUCUACUGGUAGGACUACUGUACUGUCUUGACUGGUAGGACUACUGUACUGUCUUGACUGGUAGGACUACUGUACGGUCUUGACUGGUAGGACUACUGUACGGUCUUGACUGGUAGGACUACUGUACGGUCUUGACUGGUAGGACUACUGUACGGUCUUGACUGGUAGGACUACUCUACUGUCUUGACUGGUAGGACUACUCUACUGUCUUGACUGGUAGGACUACUGUACUGUCUUGACCGUUAGGACUACUGUACUGUCUUGACUGUUAGGACUACUGUACUGUCUUGACUGUUAGGACUACUGUACUGUCUUGACUGGUAGGACUACUCUACUGUCUUGACUGGUAGGACUACUCUACUGUCUUGACUGGUAGGACUACUGUACUAACUUUACUGGUAGGACUACUGUACUGUCUUGACUGUUAGGACUACUUUGUACUCUCUUGACUAUUAGGACUACUGUACUGUCUUGACUGGUAGGACUACUGUACGGUCUUGACUGGUAGGACUACUUUGUACUGUCGUGACUGUUAGGACUCUGACUACUUUGUACUGUCUUGACUGUUAGGGCUCUGACUACUUUGUACUGUCGUGACUGUUAGGACUCUGACUACUUUGUACUGUCUUGACUGUUAGGACUCUGACUACUUUGUACUGUCUUGACUGUUAGUUCUCUGACUACUUUGUACUGUCUUGACUGUUGGGGCUCUGACUACUUUGUACUGUCUUGACUGUUAGUUCUCUGACUACUUUGUACUGUCUUGACUGUUAGUUCUCUGACUACUUUGUACUGUCUUGACUGGUAGGACUACUGUACUGUCGUGACUGUUAGGUCUCUGACUACUUUGUACUGUCUUAACCCAGCAUCAGCUGCUUCUGAUGUGUAAAAUAUUGUCGACCUGUUAGUCCCAGUAUCUGCAUACUGUUAAUUCAACACUUUUUUCUCCCUUUUCUUAAUAUGUACAUAAACAAAACCAACAAUGUCUGCAAUAAGUUAAUAAUUUAGUUCCUUUUAAGACCUUGUCUGCUGUUUGACACACUUCGUAAGGAAGUGAGAUCUCUUGUCAAUUUUUGUUUUACAAGUCGUGUUUCAUGCAGUUUUGAAACCAUCUCAGAUGUUUCCUUCCCCACGUUCCUAUGUGCGAGUUUGUUUUGCGCGGUCCAGUGCCCCUGGUGGGUGGAGAUUUCACCUAAGGACCAAUGCAAUGCUCUAAAAUAUACAAACACUGCCUACCCAGAGGCACCGGGCCAUACAAAAUGAACUUGACCAUAAGCAUAUUCAACACGGGCGUAUUCAUUAGGAAAGCAAACAGGGAGGAACCUACCUGAAUUCAUGCAAUGUAAACAUUCGUAGCGCACAAAUGAAUACACCCCAGUGUGGCCCAGAAGAGAUUUGGGACCGACUCUGUAGUCUAAUAGACUGGAGGUAAAAGCUGUGUUCAUCACAGCACUUACCUCACCAUUAAACCAGAACCACUAAACAGUACAACUGUUAACCAAGCUAUUUCACACAGCCUAUACAAUCUAUAGUAUCACUACAACACCGUUUCCAGUUCAAGACUUAGUGUUGGGCAAAACCAUAACGACAGCUCGUACUAAUCUAGAAAGACUCCAUUUUAACGUAUUUCAGUUACAUUUGCAGCAUGGAUUUUUUUUGUCGAAAAAUGUCCUGCUUAUAUUCUAGAUUUAUCCUAUUUUUAAAUAGCAUUUUUAAAAGGUUGCUGUCGCAACUUGAAAUGAGUUCUGAAUGCUCCUAUGUGUAUUGGUCUCAAAACCUUUUUAUUUGGAAAGUUAACUGUGUAUUUGUAUUCAUUUUAAUUUAUUUUACAUUUUGAAAUGAUAAAUCCUCAGUCUUGUCUUUUUGUGUAGCUGUGAAAAUGGGGGGGGGGGGGGGGUUUAUGAAGUUUGUGUGUUAUUGUAUUGAAAGUGUCCACAGGAUGUCAGUUGAAAUUGAUUUACAGACGAAGACCACUAGGCCUUCAUCAGCUCCAUGGAAAAUAUCAUCUUACACUGAAAUAUACACUGAAUUUUUUUUUUUAUUUUUUUUAUUUUUUAACAUGCAAUGAUUUUAAUGAGUUAUAUGAACUGUAAGGAAACCAAGUCAAGUGAAAUAACUGAAUUAGGCCUUAGUCUAUGGAUUUCACAUGACUGGGAAUGCAGAUAUGCAUCUGUUGGUCACAUAUCAACAACAACAAAAAGGUAGAGGCGUGGAUCAGGAAACCAGUCAGUAUUCGGAGUGACCGGCAUUUGCUUCAUGCAGCGCGACACAUCUCCUUCUUGAUCCGGCUGUUGAUUGUGGCCUGUGGAAUGUUGUCCCCACUCCUCUUCAGUGGCUGUCGGAAGUUUCUGGAUAUCGGCGGGAACUGGAACACGCUGUCAUACGAGUCAAUCCAGAGCAUCCCAAACAUGAUCAAUGGGUUGACAUGUCUGGUUAGUAUGCAGGACAUGGAAGAACUGGGACAUUUUAAGCUUCCAGGAAUUGUGUACUGAUCCUUGUGACAUGGUGCUGUGCAUUAUCGUGGUGAAACAUGAGGUGAUGGCGGCAGAUGAAUGGCACGACAAUGGGCCUCAGGAUCUCAUCACUGUAUCUCUGUGCAUUCAGAUUUGCCAUCGGUAAAAUGCACUUAUGUUCGUUGUCUCUCGUUUAUGCCUGUCCCCGUACCAUAACAUCGCCGCCACCGUGGGGCACUCUGUUCACAACGUUGACAUCAGCAAACCGCUCGCCCACACACAACGCCAUAUACGCUGUCUGGCAUCUGCCUGUUACAGUUGAAACCAGGAUUCAUCCAUGAAGAGCACACUUCUCCAGCAGCCAUCGGAGGUGAGCAUUUUCCAACUGAAUUCGGUUACGACACCAAACUGCAGUCAGGUCAAGACCCCGGUGAGGACGACGAGCACUCAGAUCAGCUUCCCUGAGAUGGUUUCUGACAGUUUGUGCAGAAAUGAGUUGGUUGUGCAAACCCACAGUUUCAUCAGCUGUCUGGGUGGCUGGUGUCAGACAAUCCCGCAGGUGAAGAAGACGGAUGUGGAGGUUCUGGGCCUGCUUGGUCUGCGGUUGUGAGGCCGGUUGGACGUACUGCCAGAUUCUCUAAAGUUUACUGUAGAGAAAUGAACAUUUCAAUUAUUUGUCAACAACCCUGGUGGACAUUUCUGCAGUCAGCCUGCCAAUUGCACACUCCCUCAACUUGAGACAUCUGUGGCAUUGUGUCGUUGUGACAAAACUGCACAUUUUAGAGUGACCUUUUUAUUGUGCCCAGCACAAAGUGCACCUGUGUAGUGAUCAUGCUGUUUAAUCAGCUUCUUGAUAUGCCACACCUGUCAGGUGGAUUAUCUUGGCAAAGGAUAAAAUGCUCACUAACAGGGAUGUGAACACAUUUGUAGACAAUGGAAAGUUUCUGGGAUCUUUUAAUUUCAGCUUAUGAAACAUGAGAUCAACACUUAACAUGAUGCAUUUCUAUUGUUUGUUGAGUGUAUUAACAAAGUUACGUUAUACAUACGGUUUAUAUAUUUACAGACAAUUAUAGUGUUUGAUUUAGCGCAUAAUAGUCUCUCUAGUGGUCACCUAGCUCUGGUCUUAGUUAGAGGAACGGUCUAGUGCCCUGGACCAGAGCUAGUGGACGUCUUGUGUGCCAAAAGUGGUUAGAGAGAAGACAAAUCCAACUUCGGUUACCAGAGGUCUCCAUGUCUACCUGAUCAGUCUCAUACAAUGGGGAAAAAACUUGUCAUUGUCCCACACAAUGACAUCCGUGAGGGGAGUGUGGAUCUGUCUAUCUGUCAUUUGUCACACGCUAUCUGACAGCACUGGGACAAUUUGUGGAUUAAACUUGGGUGAAUGAUGCCUCUUGCCAUAGAGAUCUGACAUUUUACAAAAUUACACUGAUUGGCCCAAGACAGGAGCUAUGGUAAUUAACUGAAAUGUGUUAGUCACAUUAGUUCAUGUUUACUGUUGUCUUGUUUUUUUUUUUUUUUUCGUUUUUUUUUUUGAUAAAUAUCUUAGGUGAUUACCUUCCUGUUCAACUCAAGGCAGUAGAAGGCAAACGUGUUUAGGCUCUAAAACGAGAAUAGUUUUUAAUAUAACUUACUUCCACACAGAGCUGUAACAAUGCCUUGUAUACACACACACACACACACACCUCCUGUGCAUAAUGUAAAUAUAUGUAAGUAAAAGUUGUAUAUCUUUUGAUAUUCGUGCCAGAAAGUGAUCUGAACGGGUGUUCGAAGUAGUUAUUUAAUAAAUGUUAUACUAAUUGAUGCAGUA